AUGUCCUUCCCAACUUCAAUAAAUCUUGACAACUGCGAACAAGACUCAUCCAACAAAUACAUUUGCAGCACGUCUGCUCCGAACAGUAACUACGAAAAUGCAAAGAACGAUGCGCAAAGCGCCUUCGACAAUGCCGUGAAAGCGCAGCAGAGAACAAUUGGCAUAGGCGUGGGGGUUGGAGUAGGACUGUUUCUCCUUUUCGCUGGCCUGGCUAUCUGGGCGUUCCGACGGCAUAGCAAGAAGCGAACGCGACAAAUAAACGAACAGGCACAGACACAGGCGAGUGUGCUACAGCCGAAGAUGUCACAGACGAACCCGCCGCAACCGUGGAUAGGUCAGCGAGAUGAAGUGGACGGGCUAGCAUAUAGGACUGAGGUUGAGGCUCAAGACAAACCGCACCAGUACCAGCCAUACCAGGCCCAGGAGAUGAAUGCGAACCCAUACGGUAGUCAGUUCCAAGGUGGUCCGAUAUUAGAAGCGCAAGGAACACAUGAUGCUCAGGAGAUGCCGUUGAGCUAUAAGCACCAUCCGCCGCAGGAAAUGCCAGGAGGCACACAGGACAGGGGUGUUGAGAGGCGAUGA